GGCAGGCGCGGGCACAGGCGCCGCGGGACCGGCCGGCACAGCGCAGCGGCCCGCGCUCCGGCGCCGCCAUGCUGGGGCUGCUCGCGGCGCUGCUGGCGCUGGCGCUCGCCUACUUCGCGGGGCUGGACGGCUGGUACCUGGCGCGCGUGCCCUGCGCCGUGCUGCGCGCGCGCCUGCUGCAGCCGCGCGUCCGCGACCUGCUGGCCGAGCAGCGCCACGCGGGCCGCGUGCUGCCCUCGGACCUGGACCUGCUGCUGCACAUGAACAACGCGCGCUACCUGCGCGAGGCCGACGUGGCGCGCGCCGCGCACCUGGCCCGCUGCGGGGUGCUGGGGGCGCUGCGCGCGCUGGGGGCGCACGCCGUGCUGGCCGCCUCGUGCGCGCGCUACCGCCGCUCGCUGCGCCUCUUCGAGCCCUUCGAGGUGCGCACCCGCCUGCUGGGCUGGGACGCCCGCGCCUUCUACCUGGAGGCGCGCUUCGUCAGCCUGCGCGACGGCUUCGUGUGCGCGCUGCUGCGCUCCCGCCAGCACGUGCUGGGCGCCUCCCCGGAGCGCGUCGUGCAGCACCUGUGCAAACGCAGGGUGGAGCCCCCCGAGCUGCCCGAGGACCUGCGGCACUGGAUCGCCUACAACGAGGCCAGCAGCCAGCUGCUCCGGGCUGAAAGCGGGCUCGGUGAGCCCCCAAGGACCAGUGACCGCCCGCCGUGCCGGCCGCCGGGGACAGAGCAGAACGGGCCGGCCCGGCUGGGACCAGCCCCGCCCAGCCCCUCACACAGUCAGGCCCUGCUCCCUGCACCCUGCUCCGCGCCGCCGCACGCUGGCAGAGAUGGGGUGACCAGGCGGCCCAGCUCUGCCCUCAGGGUGGAGACCACGGUGGUGUGGGAGGCCCAGCCUCCACUGCCGGCCGAGCCCUGGGGGCAGAGCAGGGUGGGGUCUGCCCAGGGUGGGGUCUGCGCCCCAAGAUGACGAGCUUUCAAGGGUUCCAAUGUCUUUUUAAGGCCAUUUCCUCUGUGGAGGAGGAGGGGCCAGGCCCCAGGUGAAUCUGGGGGGGUCUUAGCUGAGCCUGGAGGGUGUAGAGGGCCAGAGCAGGGGCACCUGGGGAGCCAGGGAGUCUCCCAUCGCCCUGGUGUGUCCCUGCUCAGGCAGAGAUGGGGCCGUGACCGGGCUUCCUCCAGGGUGCCCUCUGCACCUUGCCCGUCCACACCCCGGUGCCCAGGUGCCGGCUGUGUGACAGGCUGCCCUGCCGCACCCCCCCCCCACAGGCUCAGUCGCUGGUCCUUGCCUUGGCACAGCCCUCACUAGACCUUCGCUCCUGCCCUCCUCUGGGUGGGGGGAGCUCCGGGGACAGCUGGGAGCUGGCCCAGAGCACCCAGGGCCUCGGCCCCUGGCUGGUGGGGACGCUGGGGUGCAGGGCCCUGGGGGGGGCUGCUUGCCUGCAUGUGGCUGCUAGGGCACCAAGCCCACCUGCCUGGGCCGGCCCCACCGCCCAGCACCGCCCCGUGCCUGUCGGCCAGGACCCUCGAGCUGGAGCGGAGCCCGCGCCCGCCCCCCGCCCGCCCCGCGCUGUCUCUGCCUUACACGGGAAGCUGCAGUGUCUGUCUCGUGUGAAGACAGCCCGAAUUAAAGGGCCUUACGUGGAGCGUGAGACCACCUCAUUUCUGCAGGCCUGGCCCCCCGCGGCCGCUCACCAGGGUGUCUGGCGUGGGGCUGUCCGCCCUGGCCUGCUGGGUGCUGUGAAUUAGGGGCCCGGCUGGCAGG